UUAUUUGUUAAUAUAUAUUCUUUUAAAAUAUAAUGUAAAGCAAUGGAGGAUUAAACAUGCACAUGGUUCAAUUACCAUGAUUCUCUCGUGUUUAGCUAACGAUUUCCCAUUCCGGCGCAUCCACGUGCGUCCCUACGAAAGUCGACACGCAACGAAGGGUGCAUCUGUCGAACGAAAACCAAGUCACGUCACAGAGGGCGAGGCUCAUUAGUUAAUUAAACAAAGCUCGUUCAGACACGCAAUCUUAGCUCGACCUUGCCUUUCUCUCCCUUUUUCACUGCCCCUUAUAAUUUUUUCAUAUCCCUCUACUUUAUGUAGCUUCAUAUCGCAUAAAUUUCCGUGCGCUUUUCAUUCGUACAAAUAUUCGCUGCUUCCUAGUACAUAUUUUACUAAUUUUAAAGCACGCACCUAAAUAAAAUAUAAUUAAGCUGAUAUAACACGAAAUAAAAUGAGAUUUACAAGACAAUUAAAUAGAUUAAUAGAGGAUUAUGGAAAUUAAAAUUUACGAGCCUACAUUACGUACCUUUUAAUUAAUCAGCUCUGCACACGACGAAUGAAUAACUUCGUAUUUUUUCAUUGAAAAUAUGCUGAAAUAAAUUAUAUUAAAAAAUAAUAACGAUCGAUCAACAGUCUAAUUGUCCUACGAAACAACAGGAAAGACUUUCACGGAUCUGCACCGGAUACAGCAGAGCACAAGAGCCUUCUGGCGAAAUGCCGAUCGAAUCGUCAUCGGCGGAAAUCAAUCUGCCCGCCGGCAAAUUGCCGCGAUAAUUGCAACACGCGAGGUUCAUCGCGAUGCUGUUCGCUUCGCGCGACGUCCGCUGCCAAUCAAGAGCAAUCGGACAUCCCUCGGACGUUACAAGAACAAAAAGGAUACCAAGCCAGUCAUGCUCUGAGGGUUCGCGGAAAAUCCAUUCCUCUCGUUUAACCCGUUUAUCGAAGUGUGGGCUGCAAUCACGAAUCUCCACGACGGCCUCCACCUCGCAGAGCAUCCUCGCGAGCGUUCCUCGCCGCGAUCGCGUUAUCGGAAAGAUAAUUCACCACGGCGGCCGCUAUCCCGCGUAGAAAGUGAUUAGAUGUUUACCAAGUGCGUAAAUAUGUAUUAGCCACGCGAGUGCGUGCAUCGGCGUCCGGCACUUUUCCGAUUUCACACCGCGUGGAAAACAGCCUGAGCGGAAAAUGAACCGGUGCACACGCACGCACACGCGCCCGGAUGGUUAAUCGCUUUUAUCCGUCAUCUCUCGUUUGGCGCGACCGGUUUCACUGUAGCCACCGCUGCGAUCGGGUUAAACAUGAGGCAACCAAGUCGCGCCGCGCUGAUCAGAUUCAUUACCAUUAAAAGCGCAAGGAUUAUCCGUCGAAUUUUCAUUAUCACUUGUGCAUUCGCGUGCUCGAAUCACUGUUAAUUCAUUGAUGCUUUUUCCUCGCGGUUCAGUAAACCUGAUUUUAUGUCAAAGAAGAGAGAAAGAGAGAGAGAUUGAAGUCGUCUGACGCGAUGGAUAUUUCGAAUAAUUAAUCCGAUAAGUACGCUCGUUUAAUUACUAAAAAGGACUCGAAAGUAUUCUUGUUGAUUUCAAUGAAUCUCGUACGUAUCGCAGAAUAAUUAAAAGUGAAAGAUAUCUCUUGACUAUUUGGGGAUUGCAACAGCCCUGCGAAAUUAAUUUAAUUAGAUUCGAUUCGGUUUUACGAAAGAACAAAGCAUUUUUUGCAGUCUGUAAUGAACGACAAGAAAAUCCCCUUUUCCUCGAUAUGUUAUCGCGAGGAUUUCGAUCGAGUUGAUCGAGAUGAAAACAAGCGAUGAAAGUGAGUUGCGCAAUGUCGGGGUGCAGCAGCUGCAGCGCAAUCGAGCAAGAAGUUAUUGUACAUAAAACGUGAGAUUGCCGGGAUUUAAUAUGCUUUUAAUUGUUGAGACAAUCUUGUAUGCUUGCUAAUCUCAAUAUACAAAUAUAUAUACACAUGCAAUAUACAAAAAAGCUCGUUAAAAUACAAAAGUGUCGUGAUCGGAUAUCUAUCGGAUAUUUAUCGAACCUCGAAGGAAUAUCGAUGUUUGCUAGUCAUCACGUUCGGUGGAGAACAGUGCUCAUUUAAUUAAUGGUUGUGCUGGCACCCGAUAGCGCUAUAACAGAAUCACGCUUCCCUCGGGAGAGAGAGACCUUGGGGAGAUUGUAUUGUUUAACGGGAAAACACGAGAAACAUUAACUCGUAUAAUUAAAAAAUAUCGAAAUCAAUAUAUCAGAAAUAUGAAGCGAAUAAUCCAAUAGUUAAUGAUUGCUCUUCUGAUUCAAUUAAGUCGAUCAGGCACAGCUAAGUUAAUUAAUUUAAUCUCUUCAGUUCUUGAAUAUUAUUUUAAUACUUUGAAAAAACACCCUCUCUCCUUCCCGCCUCUCAAUAAUCACUUAUGCUAAGAAGUGUAAUCCGAAAAGCUGCUGGAACGGGAAUGCUGCGCGCGAAUCUAUCCGAGAAAGUGCACAGUGUAAAGAUCAAUUUAUAAUUGACAUACCGGGAUGGAAGGAGGGGGAGGAAGAUGUGCCGAUGGAAAACUAGCCGAUCGUGUUACAUCACGCACGCGGGGUCAGAGGGUUAAGUGCGAUACGGUUAAGCUGGCGUUUACGAGAGACGACGACGAGCUUAUCGAGGAAAGACGGGAGACGAGUUUGCGAAAAUAGCGCGAAAAUAUUCGAAGACGCGGCGCGCUGCGCCGAGCCGAGCCGCGCGCUUGAUUUAUGCGGCUCGAUUAAUCUGGGUUACUGCGCUAUCGAGCGCGUUUGCGUAUUCGCAUAAUCGACAGGGUGAACGAACCUUCCUCGCGUGCGAUCGCGAUCGCGUCCCGCGGCUGAAAUAAAAAACAAUUGCAGCGAAAUGCGCAGCAAUAAAAUGCGACGUCGAUCCAACGUGUCGAUGGAUCGCUGGAUCACCGAUGCGAUCGGUGCGGCGGCUGUUGGCUCUCGCGAAUAAAUUGAGAAUUUUCCGCACAUUAACGAACGCCGAAAGCUGCAAACCGAAACCGUCACAAACAAAAUUCGUCGACAACGAUCAACGGCUAAUUAAAAUAAUGCAUAUUUAUGAAGCGUAAAGCGAAAUUGCGGGACCGCUUUUUGCCGCGCAAAACUCGCGAUCCGUUCGAAUCGGCGACGGUUUAUUACUUUUUAGAUUAUUUUUUGGUGCACUACAUGCAAUGAGAGACGUGGUAACAUAAUGCAACACAUUGUAAACAACAUACAGGGUGCAUAUAUUAAAUCUCUCUCACUCGUAUCAAAUCCCACUUUGUCAUUUUAUUGCGUAUUGAAUUUCCUUCGCGGAAAAUACGGGAAUCGCAAUGUGCACUUUAUACUUGUACGAUUAAGUUCGCGAGGCGCCGAUGAAUAUAUCGACGUCGAUUAAUCAUUAUUUUUCACAACGUUGUUUCUCCAAGGGAUGAGAGACUCUGUCUCGGUGUGACAGAGCGGACGCUUUGACGCGCGCGCGCUCGCUCCGCCGUCGUCUUCACCAUUUAUCAAAUCAUCGCCGGCGCCCACACUUUAAUCAAUACGAAUUCUCUGGUCCGUGAACUAGCGUACUGUACUGAUAUCGCUGCGCGUCAGAGUCCGAUUUGCGCAUCUUUGAUUGAAUUGCGUUUUGCAAUUGAACAGCGGCUAUUGUUCAACAUGAGCAAUACAUUCCGCGGAUACAUUCUGGGAAUAUACAUUUAUUCAAAGAAUUAUUUUCAAUUUUAUGUCUUAAUAAAAUAAUAUCAUGUAUAAAAUGUUAUUGCUGUUUGCUUUAUCUUUGUUAAUAUUUCUUGUUAAUAUCAUGUAAAAUGAUAUUGUUGUUCGCUUCAUUUUUACGGCGUUCAUAAAAGUUUGCGUAACUCAAUGCACGUUUAACCCUCCCGUACGCACGAGCGUGUGCGUAUACGCGCCUUCAGCGCGACAUAAAUGCAAUACUUAAACCGCAAGCGGCUAAUUAAGGCGAAUAAACUUGAACGGUUAUUGUGAGAAAUCCUUCAUCCGCGAGUGAUAAUUAAACUAACAACGAGAAGGAGCGCGAAGCAUAUUUCGUCGUAAAGUAGUUUCUAGAAAAAUUCAAAACUCUCUGUACAUGGUAGCAUUAAUUUGACAAAAAUUGUUAUCAUACGUAUCUGCGCGAUAUAAAUAAUUUAAUAAAAAUUAAGAAUUCAGAUUAAAUGACGCAGCAGUUACGGCACAUCUUGAAUAAAUUAAUAAACAAUUUUUAUGCGAAGAAGCGAUAACAAUUUGAAGGGAACCACCUUGUUUGCAGCGGUCAACAGACAUUUGCCUAAGUCGUGCAAUUUUAAUCCCUUUUAAUGCGCGUACACGCGCUCAGCAUACACGUACUCAUACAUAGGCACACAGGCAUACCACGUACAUGUAUCUCUCACAAAGACGAGACACCCACACGCAGGCGCGACGUGCGUCCGCGCGGAAAACUCGAGGCGAGAGGCGAGUAUGUUCACCUUAAGGCCUUUAGUCCAUCGUCGUCCUACGCGACGUGCGCAUCGUGCGCUCGUUGCAGCUCGAACCCCUUCGUCAUCACAGUGCAUCGUCACGAGUCAGGUCGACCGGGGGUGUCUGGGGUUAAUUUUCUAUGCGCUUCGAGGGGCGAGAACAUCAUGCGCUUUGUAAUUUCAUUACAGUGCUCGCAUCACGUUGCGUAAUCCUCAUCUAUCACUGAUUAACUUCGUCACUGAAAGUUAAUCAGAACAUGGUACGCAUUUGUGCUGUGGAAAUUGACGUUCAGCUGACUUACUGACUCCUAGCUGUGCAUAAUGAUUCGCUUUUGAUGCUUGAUAUUCGAAAACAUUCGCUGUGGUGGCGCGAGAGUGAUGGGCAUUUUUGAUUGCGCGAACUGCGGCUGACCGACGCUCCAGGAAUGAAGAUGAGAUGCUCGACGUAGUCGGCGCCUGUGUAUGUGCGUGUGUGUCUUGACACGUUGACAUCGCCAGUUGCCUCCGAUUGUGAAGCAGCGACUCGGGGAACCGGCUCCGGGUUCGCGGCAAGCGAAAAAGCGAUUAUGCAAAGCGCGAAUGGGUGACGGUGCCCUUUCGCGCCGAUGAGAGAUUCAUUGGCGAACGAUGCUGGCGAACGCGCGGAUUGACUCAUGAGGAUCGACGCUACGUUCGAUUGAGUGGAAAAUGCUCGGGCACUUCGGUAGCAACGAGAGUAUAUUGGGCUACCUCGCAGUUAAAGAUUCCCAGGAUGUCGACCUGGAUGCGAUCCUCGGUGAAUUAUGCGCCCUGGAGCGACGCUGCGACGGUGAUAUCGCUGCAACUCCUGCGCCAGAUUCACAACGGUCAGGACGACCCACCAGCGCAAGGAUCAAUCCGGGCGACAGCACCGACAUCAAAAAUGAAGGAGGUUUGCGCACUGAUAGUCCCGACAAUGACAGCGCGUUCUCUGAUACGGUGUCCAUGCUGUCCAGCGAAAGUUCGGCAAGUAGUAGCGGUUCCGGACAUAAGCCACCUCAGACCGCCAUGCACACAGCUCCCCAACAGCAACCGCAUCAACUUGUCGAUGCAGCUAGCAGAGCGAAGGCGGAGAAGAUCCGCCUGGCGCUGGAGAAGAUGCGUGAAGCGAGCGUGCAGAAGCUCUUCAUCAAGGCGUUCACGUUGGAUGGUAGCGGUAAGAGUCUUCUGGUCGAUGAAGGGAUGAGCGUUGCACAUGUAUGUAGGUUGCUCGCGGACAAAAACCACGUGCCAAUGGAUCCAAAGUGGGCCGUGGUCGAGCACUUGCCCGAUCUCUUCAUGGAGAGGGUUUACGAGGACCACGAGCUGUUAGUAGAGAAUCUUCUGCUGUGGACCCGGGAUUCCAAAAACAAGCUACUCUUCGUCGAGAGACCAGAUAAGACUCAACUCUUCCUCACGCCUGAGCGAUUCCUUCUCGGGCCCUCGGAUCGCGGCGGUGGCGAAUACGACGAUCACUCGAGAAAUAUCCUACUGGAAGAGUUCUUCUCGAGCAGCAACGUCGGCGUGCCCGAGGUCCACACUUCUUCUGCAUCGAUUGCCAUUCGCUUCCAGGUCGAGGGUCCACUGUACUUGAAGUCGGACAGCAAGAAGGGUUGGAAGAGGUAUCACUUCAUUUUGCGGGCAUCCGGCCUCUACUACUGGCCAAAGGAGAAGGCGCGCACCGCUCGAGAUCUCGUCUGUCUGGCAACUUUCGACGUUAAUCAGGUAUACUACGGCGUUGGCUGGCGGAAGAAGUACAAAGCGCCCACCGACUUCUGCUUUGCCGUGAAGCAUCCGCGGCUACAACAACCCAAGUCCACCAAAUACAUCAAGUUUCUCUGCGCGGAGGACAACGCCUCCCUGGAGCGAUGGAUAGUCGGCAUCCGCGUGGCAAAGUACGGCAGGCAGUUGAUGGAGAACUAUCGGGCCCUCGUGGAUGAGCUCGCGCAGGAGGAUCUGGACCUGCUAGCGCACGCCAGAUCGUGCUCCGUCAGCUCGAUCGCCGCACCGCCGAAUCAGACCCAGUAUAACACGACGAACGACAACGCGAGACAAUUUGCGGAAAACACGAGGCACAGUAAUGAAACGACGGUUGCUACGACGAGGCAGUACGAUGGCCAGAGACAGAGUUACAAUCCGGAACAGCGGCAGAGCUACAACAAUGAUGGCAGACUUAGCAGAGCAAGCAGCUCGAGCUCCAGCGGAUGUCUGUCUGACGGGGCACCGAGUAGUUGUGAGGUGGCCUUUGAAUGCGGUGAGUUCCCAACCGGCACGAUAAAGCGGAAGCCGUCUAUGAAUCCGAAGUUGCCCCUUACGUCGAUCACAAGGCAGUUGAAAGAAGUCGGCGAAACAGUCCGAGACGAACCGGAUUCCUGUCCAAGCCCGACGAGCUCGGGAUCCAGCACGCUCACCAGGAGACACAGUCGUCGGCGAAGCGGUACCGAUUCUGACGGAUCCGGAACGCUGAAGAGACAUCAUAGAUCCGGAAACGCAACACCCGUCAGUCCGGUACCUCCGGGCACACCAGUGAGAGAGAGAACAAGCCCUAUGGGAUACAGUAGAUCAGAGAGUCAGGAGGCAAAGACUCCGACGAGCCCGAUACAGCCAUGCAUGAUGGAUUCUAUCACGUCGCUGCCGCCACCGCCGUCGCCGUCGAGGGUCGCCGAAGAAAUUGAGUCGGACAGCGAGCCGCUGCCGCCUCCACCACCCGAAAUGUUUCGGUCGAACCUCUCACUGGAUUCUUUGCCGCCGCCGCCAGCACCCGGUGAACUUCCCGUUUGCAACACGCCGGAGCUCAUGGGUUCGUCGUUGAGUCUCGCGUCACUGCCGCCACCGCCCAGCCCGCUGGUCGGCGAGACCGGAACGAUACGUCGCGCCAGACCUAAGCAGUCCACCCCCACGAACUCUGUGACUCCCGAGAGCACCCCUACGCACAAUCCCAGGAUGCAGCCCAGUCAAAUGUACGCGACCGCAAACAGUAUCGCGCCUAGCAGCAACUCAGUGGUCCAGAACAGUCAGAAUUACAAUUCGAUUACAAACGCGUCCUCGAACGCCCACACGAGCAACAACACCGCCAAUUCCGUGUCCUCUCCGCACAGUUCCUAUCCGGGAUCGACGGCCACCACACCUACCUACACCCCGAACUCGCCAAAUUUCACGUCGCCACCGCCUUUUGUGCCACCGCCGGCUUACGGCACCCAGCAACAGCAACAGCAGCAGCAGCAACAGGUGCACGUCCACUCACAGAGUCUCGGCAGGCAGAACUCCAAAACGGAGUCGAUGUACGCGGGUCACCAAUCCGGCCAUCACAACACCAUGCCGAUCCAGCCGAUCAGGCCGAACCCCAACAUGGACACUGUCCGGCGUAGCGCCAUGAAGCAAAGUAGCAGUCAUUACGCGGCGCCGCCCUAUCUCGCUGAGCUGAAAGCUGCCUCUAGUCCGCAGCCGCAACGCCGCGUGACCAUUCAGGAGCCACCGACGUCGCCCAAAUCAAAAACCGGGACCGGUAAGAAGAUCUCAUUCAACCUGCCGCCGCAGCAGGAGCCCGGCAGCCCUGCGUUGCCGCAGCGGAAGCCCACACCGCCCAGGCGGUCCGAUAGCACCAGGCUCACGUCGCCGAAGAAGCUAGCUGCGUCCGACCAGGCGCCGCCAGGCGACUUCCUCAAGGACCUGCAGCGGGUGAUGCGAAAGAAGUGGCAAGUCGCGCAGAAGUGCAAGCUUGACUCGACGACGACGCCGCACGAGGUCCUCGGCUUCCGAGAUCCGCCGCCUGCCAUUGCGGACUACAGGGAGACCAACGUGUCCAACUGGGUGCAGGAGCACUAUGGCGCGGACAAUCUCUACGAGAACGUGUACACGACCGAUCCGCACGGGCCGGUCGAGUACGCGUCCAGCCCGGCUCGACAGCCGACAGUCAGGUUUGCCGACGAAAACUGCAGCAUGAACACGAUCGUGAACGCGAUCGUAUGCAAGAGACGGCCGCCACCGCCGCCGCCCAAGAGGGCCGAAACCACGCAUCUCACCACCACCCGCGCGAUGCACUGACAAUAGCAGAUAAUCCAGCCCCAUCCCGAGAGGCGAUGGUACCGCUGUCUCUGCGGCUGGUGGAAGGACUGAGGGCGUCGGUCCCUGUCGACGCGACGCUGUCAGGUCCAGAGACGCUGGGGGUGUCAGUCGAGUCCUUGUCGCUGCGUAUCUCAUCGCUCUAUUUUGCUGUUCGGGGAAUCUGUCGUUGAGGAAAAAAGAAGUAUUUUUUCCCCCGCGGAACGGAGGUUGUCCGAUUUUUCGUCGCGCAUUUUGUCGCUGGGCUCUGCGCGUGCCGGUUGCUCGUAAGUCGCACGAGAAGGCUGUCGCUUGAAAGUCGAGGAAAUAGGAAAGUCGAAUGUGUCAUCGAAAGUCAAGGAGAGAAUGUUCAUCGACGGGCUCAAUUUUAAAUGGCUUUUCAUUUCCGUAGAUAGAUAUGGAUCCGAACCUGUCGGUCAGAGAGGAAUAUUCGAAUCCGGCAAUGAGAAUAUAGCGAAAAAAUGUUCGAUGAAUGGUUGUUACCGAAAACUCUCCUUGUCUUAUUCAGCAUAACUGCCAUUUAGAGUUGGAGCUUCGAAGCUAGGCGAACCGCAAGUCAGGUGGCUUAAGCGCUCUUUUGAACCGAGCAACGAAACUGAACUAAAUUCGAGCCCGCGACAGAGAUUCGUUAUGGUCGAUCAACGCAUAAGGAACACUGCCGCGCAUACGAAGGAUGUGAUAUAAAUCUUUAAGCCUUCGUGAUUUGAGAAUCGUACAGAGAAGACGAGGAGGCAAGAGAGAGGAACGCGACAAAACGCACAAUGCUGAUUUUUCCGUGGCACGGCCGAAUCUACGUGAAUGCGAUCUUAUGAAAUUGUAAUGUAAAACCGAAAGUCCUAUUUGUGCGCAUUUUUCGUAACCGCCAACUGCCUCGUCUGCGAUUUUCUCAAGUAUACCUUUGGAUGUGAUAAAUAAUACAGAAUAAAAUAUAUAAAAUCUAUGCGCGAAUGAUCUGUUGAAAAAUAUUUUCGAGUUGAAUGCUCGUUCGAUUCUCGGUCCCAAAGUAAUCUUCCUUUGGAUAUAAUUAUAAAUCCAGGCUCUAAUUUAAUAAUCAUUUCCUAGAGUUUCUCUCUCUCUGAUUCUAUUUCCCGAAAAUGCUUCAAAAGUACUAAGUAUUUAGUACUAGCGGAAAUAUUUCGCACAUUCUAACACAAUCUGGUUGGAGAAGAAGGGCAAACAUAAGUGCGUCUCAUCAAAAGUUUUUAUUUAUCAUUUUUCCAAAAGAAAGCUUGCUGUUUUGGAACAUAUAUCCAAAGACUAUAAGAUAUAUAACGCUGAGAAACGUAUAAAGUGUAAUGCGUAAAACGCUGCACUGAGAGCCGAGGAAGUCAUCGCCGCAACGCGGAUUUGAUCUCAGUUUGAACCGGAAACGAACCCUCCGACUUCUCUCGCAGCGAAAGUGUCUCGAAAUGGCAGAGAACGCGAAGUUGAACACCCUCUUUGAUCGAACACCCUCUUAUGCAUUUAGCAUCCUCCGCGUUAACACACAUCCUUGUGCAUACGUAUAUAUGUAUAUAUAAACUGAUUAUAUACGCGCGUUUAUCAUCGGUAUAUCGACUUGAUGCUGUAUGUGUAGUUGUAUCAUACAAUCCGCAAGACGCGCUUCGCGGACGCGACAAUGGGAGGAACGAUCGUGUGUAGGAACGUUCGUCGAGUGCAAUCGAUUGAACGAACGCGAGCGACGAUGAUUUUCGCCUCGAACACACACACACGAGGAUGCGAGAUCUCGUUGAUGCCAUUUCCGUUGCUUUUUCGUUCGAAUGAAACGAAGUUACACCGAUAUGUCGGACGAGAGCUGGAUGGAUGAAGAAAGGAAAACGUCGAAACUCUCGUGAGUCUCCGAUGGAUUAGGCGGAGACUAACUGAUCAAAGAAUUAGAUAACGUAAAAAUCUAUAAUUUGGAUACUUGAAAUAAAGCCGCCAAGGGACGUAUUGCGAACGUGUUAUCAAUGUAUUCGCUUGGCUCGUUUUGACGUUUCGUCUUGGCGGGUCGACUGUACGCUUCCACUUAUUUCAAGUAUUCAACUCGGUAGAGUUAGACGAGGACACGGUCCAGGUACGUCGCCAUACGAUGCUGGACAGAGAACGAGAUGAUGUACGUUCCGAUCGAUCGUGAGGAUCAUUGGCGCCAGCCAAUGAUAAGGAACAAUAUCGUGCGUAGCUUCCCGUUUGUGAUCACCAAUGGAAUCUUCAGCAACGACUAACCGAGCCUUUCGAAGGUCGCGUAGCUGAUGUAGUUUUAUAUCUCGAUUUGUAUCGCGUUUGCAUGACUUACAUGUGAAAGCUAAACGACUCUUUGGACUUACGAAGCAUCUGUAUCAGUCGAGGCAACCCGCCGGUGCGAUAUUAUAUUAUUACCCAUCCGUAGAAAGUAUUUUGUAAGAUCAAAUUUUGAUACCGAAGUAUUUCCUAGCUAUAUAUGCGAAUUAAUGGAUAAUGGCUCGCGAAGAGUCGUGAGCGGUUUAACGUCGGCCGGUCGCUUCCGGGUCGACAAACCGUCUCUCUGAUCUCGAAUUUUUUGAUAUCUCCAGUUUUCUGAAAGAAAAA